AUGUCCAGAUCCGGGGACAGGACCUCCACCUUCGACCCCAGCCACAGCGACAACCUGCUGCACGGCCUCAACCUGCUGUGGAGGAAGCAGCUCUUCUGCGACGUGACCCUGACGGCCCAGGGCCAGCAGUUCCACUGCCACAAGGCCGUGCUGGCCUCCUGCUCCCAGUACUUCCGAUCCCUGUUCUCCAGCGGCGGCGGGAGCGGCGGGCACCCGCACGCCCUGGGGCUGGGGCCCGGCGCCCAGGACGGGCUGGGAGGGCCGCCGAAGGAGCCGCCGCCGCCGCAGACGCAGGAGGAGCCCGGCACCCCAUCCUCCUCCCCCGAGGACAAGCUGCUGGCCAGCCCGCGGGCCAUCAACAACCUGGUGCUGCAGGGCUGCUCGUCCAUCGGGCUGCGGCUGGUGCUGGAGUACCUGUACACGGCCAACGUGACCCUCUCGCUGGACACGGUGGAGGAGGUGCUGUCGGUCAGCAAGAUCCUGCACAUCCCGCAGGUCACCAAGCUGUGCGUGCAGUUCCUCAACGACCAGAUCUCGGUGCAGAACUACAAGCAGGUGUGCAAGAUUGCCGCCCUGCACGGCCUGGAGGAGACCAAGAAGCUGGCCAACAAGUACCUGGUGGAGGACGUGCUGCUGCUCAACUUCGAGGAGAUGCGCGCCCUCCUCGACUCGCUGCCCCCCCCCGUCGAGUCGGAGCUGGCGCUCUUCCAGAUGUCCGUGCUCUGGCUGGAGCACGACCGGGAGACCCGCAUGCAGUACGCCCCGGACCUGAUGAAGCGCCUCCGCUUCGCCCUCAUCCCGGCGCCGGAGCUGGUGGAGCGGGUCCAGUCGGUGGAUUUCAUGCGCACCGACCCCGUCUGCCAGAAGCUGCUGCUGGACGCCAUGAACUACCACCUGAUGCCCUUCAGGCAGCACUGCCGGCAGAGCCUGGCCAGCAGAAUUCGUUCCAAUAAGAAAAUGCUGUUAUUGGUUGGAGGAUUGCCUCCCGGACCUGACCGGCUACCCAGCAAUUUGGUUCAGUAUUAUGAUGAUGAAAAGAAGACGUGGAAAAUACUGACAAUUAUGCCAUACAACAGUGCCCAUCACUGCGUUGUGGAAGUGGAAAACUUCUUGUUCGUGCUGGGAGGAGAAGACCAGUGGAACCCUAAUGGGAAACACAGUACAAACUUUGUUAGCCGAUACGAUCCCAGGUUUAACAGCUGGAUACAACUUCCACCCAUGCAAGAGAGGAGAGCCAGUUUCUACGCCUGCCGCCUCGACAAGAACUUGUAUGUCAUCGGUGGAAGAAACGAAACUGGCUACUUGUCCAGCGUGGAGUGCUACAACCUGGAGACAAACGAGUGGCGCUACGUGUCCUCGCUACCCCAGCCCCUGGCAGCCCACGCAGGAGCCGUCCACAAUGGCAAGAUAUAUAUUUCAGGAGGUGUUCACAAUGGAGAAUACGUCCCCUGGCUGUACUGCUAUGACCCUGUGAUGGACGUCUGGGCCCGAAAACAGGACAUGAACACAAAACGAGCAAUCCACACUCUGGCUGUAAUGAAUGAUCGACUGUAUGCAAUUGGAGGGAACCAUUUGAAAGGUUUCUCCCAUCUCGAUGUAAUGCUUGUGGAAUGUUACGAUCCAAAAGGUGACCAGUGGAAUAUCCUGCAGACUCCUAUUCUGGAGGGUCGCAGUGGCCCUGGCUGUGCAGUCCUUGAUGACAGUAUUUACCUUGUAGGAGGCUACAGCUGGAGUAUGGGAGCCUACAAAUCUUCUACCAUUUGCUACAGUCCUGAGAAGGGGACUUGGACAGAGCUGGAAGGUGACGUUGCGGAGCCCCUGGCAGGACCUGCGUGUUCGACUGUGGUGUUGCCGGCCUGCGUCCCGUACAACAAGUGA